AUGUCUCCCGGGGGUGAUGCGGCAGAAGACGGUGCCAAAGGCAGCACCUCCUUGGCUCCUAGAAAGCUGUGCCAAUUUCUGGGCCAGUUUGAUGCAUGUUUCCUGUCACCCACGUGGGAACAUCAGUCGGGUGUCAUCAAACAGCCCAUCUACCUCAUUUUGGAAUUGGCCGUGGACCAUCUGUGUCGGGACAGGAAUGGAUGGCCAAAGGACAUUGACUUUUUCUGCUUUCCUUCUCCGGUGGGGGCUCAGCACGUCUGGAGCGAGAGUGAAGACUGCUUGCCUUUCCUGCAGUUGGCGCAGGAUUACAUCUCCUCUUGUGGCAAGAAGACCCUCCAUGAAGUGUUGGAAAAAGUCUUCAAGUCAUUCAGACCUCUGCUGGGACUCCCCGACGCCGACGACGACACGUUCGAGGAGUACAGUGCCGACGUGGAGGAGGACGAGCCCGAAGCCGACCACCACCAGAUGGGCGUCAGUCAGCAGUAAGCUCUGGAGGCGCGCGAGGAGGACGGACGUGGGCCUCGGGGGCCAGGUGGGCUCCCGGGCUCCUGUGCUGGCGUCUCCCCUUCGCUCACCCCACAGGAAGCCUGACUCCUGGCAUCAGAAUUAAAGUGAAAUUUAAUUUUAA